AUUUAGACGAAAAAUCGGAUUUAAAAAUUCGACGUAGAUUUAGAAUGACUCGAUUUUGCAUGUUCUCAUCAGCACAGAAACACAUCGAGAGGCAGCAAAUCGGUGGUGGUGGUGGCGAGACACGCAGGGAAACGAGCAAGCAUACGCGGCUGCCAUUGCUCAUUUCCAUCCAUUUCUCCGCUGAAUGAAGAAGGUUGAAAAAAGGUUGUUGAUUUGCAGUUGCAGUUUGCAAAUUAUUAUUUUGCAAAUUUAAAUUUGCAUAAUUAUACCAGCCCUGAUAGACUAGGGAUAAACUGUUGUGGUCGCAAGUGGGUAAAUUCGCAGAGGUGGAAUAUUUUAGAACAACGAAGGAUUUGGAAUUUAUGAAAUAGCUGUUGGGCUGAGUCGGAAAUUUUGAGCUGGGAAGAAAAUAAACAGCAAAUUUGGAGAACAAUUCUGAACAAUUAUGUCACAUCACGGAGGUGGAGGGGCCAGAUACUUCAAGACUGGAGAUGGGUACGGAUCUUCUGGUUCAAAACGGUACCAUUCUCCAAAUGACGCGGGGGGCGGCCGUGGUGGGGGUGGAGGUCUAGGCUACGACGCUAAAAGGAGCCGUUCUGACACUUACGGUGGCAGCUAUCACACGUCAUCAUCGUCGUCCUCUGCAAGAUACAACGAUUACGGCGGUGGUGGUGGUGCCCCCAGCAGUGGUUAUGGGUUAAGCAACCGCUACAGCAGGAUGCCAGGCUCCUCGUCAACGUCGUCAUCAUCAUAUUACGACUCUGGAUUGAAAUCUGCCUCCUCCAAAUAUGUUGACGAUUACAGUAAGGGAAGGAGUGGUGGAGGAGGAGGAGGAGGUGGACUGAUGAAGAGCUCCGUGAGAAGAAUCCCCCCAGCCCCACAACUCUCUUCCUCCAUUUCGGCAUCAAAGAUGCGACCACCAUACGGAUCGUCGUCAUCCUCAAGACCACUCCCAUUAAUGAAACUCAAUACAGUUUCAGGAUCCAGCAGCAGCACUGGACUUGGUGGAGGAUCCAGAGAUAAUUAUGGAGGCUCGCGACUUAGGACAGCCCCUCCAGAGCAUCAUUCAUCAUCCAGCUACUUGUACUCGUCAUCAUCAUCGUCAUCUUUACACCGGAAACCGGAAGCUAAACGGCCGACCCGUCCUACGAUUACUGGGGUUCUUCGAAAUCCGUAUGGACCAGUUUCUUACUCUUCAACUAAAAGUUAUUCAUCUGGAAAUGGUGGGGCGGCGUCAGCAUUUAAGCGUGGCACGAUUAGGGCUGCUGCCUCGGUGACGAGCAAGAUACGACGAAGGGCUAUUCCGUCAUACGAAGAUAGAAAGAAACGGAUCGAGUCGUACUCCAACUCCCGCAGAGAUUUGGAUCGAACUAAUCGAACAGAGAAACAUAAAGUUGCAGAGUCCUCCUCAAAGAACAAUAAGGACUCACCCGACAUAAUUACUGAAGGAGGAGAUGCCAUUAAGAAGGAAGUCAAAUUACCCGAUGGUGAAGUAGGCGUCGUGCUGGACGAAGUUGGCGGCGACUCCGACUCGGACGAAGGAGGAGAGAAGGAUGAAUCAGGCACCAGUCCAGGAAAAGCUGUUAAGGGCGAUACACAUGAUGAGUCGAUGGACGUGGAAACUGGUGAAGGAGGAUCGGCUGAAGGGAAAGAUAAAAGUGAGUGUGGGGAAGACAAGGAGGGCAGCACGCAUGACCAUGACCACGAUGAGAGUAAAGGAAAGGAUAGACGAAGGUCGUCUUACGACAGGGAGUCGUCCCCCUCAAGCAGAGCCUUGUUAAAGAUGUACUGUAAAUAUUGUGAUGUUCGACACGUUACUUUUAGGGAGUACAGCCACCAUCUCCGAUCAUUUCCACAUAUUCGAGCCAUGAACAACGCCGUUACGGAUAUGAGGAAGAUGCUGUCCAAGGUACGCACACAACAAAGAGAUGAACAACGACGUAUUGAGAAGGAGGAGAAAGUCGAACUCUCGGACACCACAAGUUAUUGUCGAGUAUGUGAGCUAAAUUUCCGAACAGACCCCAAAGAACACGAGGCUAACGAACUUCACAAUGAAAUUAAAACACUGAUUUACAAACGGUGUGAAAUUUGCGACAUUGAUUUCCGAAUUUGGAAAGUUUAUCUGUAUCACAUGGCUGCUUUGGAACAUGUCAAGAGGGUGGCAAUGAAGGAAUUAAAGGAUGCGGAAGGAAAAGUCGAUGGAGUAAAAGGCACAAAUUUGACACAGGAAGAACUUGGUGCGGAUUUGGUCGAAGUUAGAACCGUAUUUUUCUGUAAUGCUUGUGUUCGCUACUUACCCAUCAAAGGUGAUAUAGAUGAAGCCAAAGAACGACACUGUAUGACUCUGACCCACGUCAAAGGGGUAGAAGAGUUCCAUCAGAGAGAAAAAAAGAUAGCAGAACGACAACGAAUUCGGAUGGAACGGGAAGAAAGAGACAAGGAGCGACGCCUGAAGGAGAAGGCUAAAGAAGAAAGUAAAGCAUCCGCAGAAGGUACGGCUGCUACAACUACGACGACAACGGACGAAGUUCCAGAAGGGACAGGAGAAGAAGAGAUGGACGAGUCAGGAGGGAAUAUCGAGAUUAAGAAAGAAGUUGGUGAAGAAGUGGAGGCGAGUGUUAUUUCGAAAAUGGAAAGUACCACCUUUGAUACUACCCUUGGUGAUGACGUUGAACAGCCGGAAGUCCCAGCCGGUGAGGAAGAAGAAGACGAAGAAGAACAGGACGUCGACGAGGACGAGAUUGAACUUCAUGCUGGAGAUCUCCCCGACGAUGAGGAGAAUGAUCAAGAAGAUGAGGACGAUAAUGAUAAGAGUUCCACUUGGAAUCGAAGGACCCGUUCGGCUAAGCUUGCCAAUUAGAUUUAAUAAGUAAUUUAUCCAUCUGUCAAGUAAGAGAUUCUAAUGAUCUAAAGAUUUCAGAUUCAAAAUAGAAACACAACUAUUUCUAAGUAGUAUGUAGGUAUGUAAGUUACCACUUAUUGGUCUAUUAAUUGGCAAUUAUAUCCAUAUCAUCACAGCUUAUAGUUUACGCUCAUCCUACUAACUUUUCCAUUGGCUUUUUAGUGCUAGAGUUAUAUUUAUAAUUUGAUUUGAUUCAUUUGAUCAGAAAUCAUAACUAAAGAUUAUAACAAAAUACAUCAUCAUUACUUAUGCAUCAUCACGUUGUAUUACAUAUGUUCUAUACUAUGUUUUUAAUAUUUGAAUUGUUAUUUUCUCAUAGUUAGUUAAAGAAAUAAAGUCAUCACUUGAACGAUUUGUUGAGAAAGGGAAAUUGUUUUUUAAUUAAUCAAAUAAUUCAUUUACCACACAAAAUUUAGCCAGAUAUUGGAAUAAGUAUCGAAUUAGAAUAUGAGGAAUCAAUAAAAGUAAUACAACAAAAGUAAUUAUUGGGUCGGGUUGAUUGAAUAAUACACUUAAAAUGGAAAUCAUAAUUGAA